AUGGAUGCUGCAAUUAGUGUUCCCGUUCGAGUUACAUUGCAGAAGUUGCUUGAUCUUGCCCAUCCAGACCUGAGUCUGCUGUGGAAUUUCAAGAAAGACUUAAAAAAGUUAGACGGAUUGUUGAAAAUGAUGGAUCUUGUCUUACAUGAUGCUGAGAAACGCCAAGUUACAGAAGAGGCCGUCAAGCUCUGGUUGAAGAACCUUCGAGAUGUUGCUUACGAUGCUGGUCAUGUCUUAGAUGAGAUCAACUAUGAAAAUAUGCGUCAUGUGGUGGAUAUGCAAGACUGGACUAAGAUAUGGGAGUGCUUAGACAUCUUUUGCUUUAUCCCUCGUUUGGUGUUCCAAUGGAGAAUGGCUUGUAGGAUCAAGGAGAUAAAUGUCAACUUCGAGGAUAUAAACAAACAAGCUAGUGACCUUGGCCUCCAGAGAGGUGCGGGUUAUGCUCUCAAUGUGCCUCCGGAAACUGACAGCAUAACUGUUGAUCCAAUUGACGUUGGAAGACAAGAUGACGUAGUAGAAAUUGUGCAGAAGAUAACCAAAGCAAAUGACGCAGUUAUUUCAGUCCUUCCCAUAGUUGGAAUGGGAGGACUAGGCAAAACAACUUUAGCUCGGUCGGUCUUCAAUCAUCCGAGCACACAGAGUCAUUUUGAUGAAACGAUUUGGGUAUGCAUCUCAAAAAAUUUUGAUGUGACGAUAAUUUUUAAAAGGAUUCUGGAAUGCUUGGAAGACACUUCUGAUGGAGACAACAGGGAAGCUAUAGUGAAAAAGCUUGGAAAGAAAUUGGGAGGCAAAAAAUACUUUCUUGUUCUUGACGAUAUUUGGAAUGAAAACAGACAAUUUUGGGAUGAUUUUAAAAAUACUAUGGUUGGAGUUAACCCCAAUAAAGGAAAUGUCAUCAUGGUGACUACACGUGAUGAAAGGGUGGCAUCAAUUGUGAAAACUUACAGAGAUCCAUACAAGUUGGAAUUAUUAAAAGAUGAUCAAUGCUGGACAAUAAUCAAAGCUAGGGCCUUUGGAGAUGCAGAAGUACCAGAACGAUUUGAGAAAGUUGGAUAUGAGAUUGCUUGCAAAUGUAGAGGUCUACCAUUAGCAGCAAACAUGGUCGGCGGAACUUUGCAAGGAAAGGAAGUAGCUGAGUGGAUUUCAGUUCUAGAGAACGGGCUUUCAAAUCUUGAGGCAAAUCAGAACAUUGUGUUCCAAGUUUUAAAGUUAAGCUUUGAUCGUUUAUCUUCUCCAUUACUCAAAAAAUGUUUUGCCUAUUGUUCAAUAUUUCCUGAGGAUUCAAAAAUAGAGAGAGAAGAUUUAAUCCAACUCUGGAUGGCGGAAGGAUUUCUUCUGAAGAAUGGAGAAAAUAAUAUGGAGACUCUAGGCAAUAACUAUUUUAACAAUCUGUUGCAAAAUUCCUUCCUACAAGAGGCCGAAAAGGAUGACUAUGGAAAUAUCAAAUACUGCAAGAUGCAUGAUCUUGUGCGUGAGCUUGCAUGCUCAGUUUCAAAUUCAGAAAGCUUUAAUGCCGAGGAUUGCUCUACUGAUGUCAUCCCUAAAGUUAGAUACCUUGCAAUGAAAUUGCUGGAAAAGGAACAAGUGAUAACAGAAGAGAAAGCAAAUUAUCUGCGCACGUUUUUCUUGCAAAGGAGAAGCUUACCUGAUAAAAUUUUGCCAUGGUUCAAGCACCUGCACACUCUUAGCAGCAGCCCAACUUCUUUGGAAGUGCUCUCGAUCAGCCGAAUAUCAUCGGUUACUCAGUGCUUCUAUAGGUAG